CUAGCUUGAAAGCAGAUUCAUUGUGUUAUCAUGGCUGAUGAUGAAGGAUUUGUCGUCCGUGUUCGGGGUUUGCCUUGGUCGUGCUCUGUAGAAGAAGUGUCUCGGUUUUUUUCAGGCAGCAAAAUUGGCAACAAUGGAACAGCCAUCCACUUUACAUACACACGAGAAGGCAGACCAAGUGGAGAAGCAUUUGUGGAGUUGGAGUCAGAGGAAGACCUGAAAAUUGCAGUCAAAAAAGACAGAGAAACAAUGGGGCAUAGAUAUGUGGAAGUAUUCAAAUCAAACAAUGUGGAAAUGGACUGGGUUAUGAAGCACACGGGCCCAAACUGUCCAGAGACUGAGGGAGACGGACUGGUCAGAUUGCGCGGCCUUCCUUUUGGAUGUAGCAAGGAAGAAAUUGUGCAGUUUUUCUCAGGUAUUUUCAACUUUCCCAGUAGCCCUUCAUAUAGUCAUCAGGAGAAGAAUAUUACUUUGUUAGCCACCAACUUUUGGGAUGGCCACUUUUUCAUCAACACUAUGCCAAGAGUGUCAGAGGGACGUUAUGGUGAUGGUGGUAAUUUUCAGAGUACCACAGGUCAUUGUGUUCAUAUGAGGGGACUGCCUUACCGGGCAACAGAACCCGAUAUCUACAAUUUUUUCUCUCCUCUGAACCCGGUGCGUGUGCACAUUGAGAUUGGUCCAGAUGGGCGAGUAACCGGUGAGGCUGAUGUGGAAUUUGCGACACAUGAAGAUGCCGUGGCUGCAAUGUCAAAGGACAAAGCAAACAUGCAACACCGUUAUGUUGAGUUGUUCUUAAACUCAACAGCAGGGGGCAGUAAUGGGGGCUACGGAGGGCAGAUGAUGGGGGGAAUGGGAAACCAGUCGUCUUAUGGACAUGGAGGGCAGCAGAUGGGUGGAGGCUACACUGGAGGAUACAGCAACCAGUCCAGCAUGGGAG